AUGGUCUGUUCCAAUGUCUCGUGAUCACCAGGAAGUAAACUUUCAAGCAAAGUCCCUUUAAGACAAGUGUUAUUCUAUAGUCUUUGUUCUCCAGUCAGUGAAUCUUGUUGUGAACAGUCGUUCUCGAGUAAAUUUUGUAUUAACCGUCUGUAUUUAAAAUGCCUCUACUUCGUGGCGGAACAUCCGAGACGAAAGAUGCCACUGAAGAGGUGCAGAAAAUAUGCGAUGAGAUGAAGUCUCAUGCCGAGACUAAAGCUGGCCGCACGUUUGACGUUUUCACCGCCAAAUCCUUUAAAACACAAGUUGUUGCGGGGACAAAUUACUUCAUUAAGGUGCAUAUAGGUGAGGAUGACUAUAUUCAUCUACGUGUAUAUAAAACCCUGCCUCAUGCUGGAGAAAAACUGGAGCUGCACAGCAUUCAGACAUCCAAAGCUCAUCAUGAUGCCAUUGAAUACUUCUGAAGCAAACCUCCAGAAAGAUCAAAUCAUCAUGAAUAUUGACCAAAACCCCAGUUACCAUUUUUACACUGUAAAUGUUUAGGCCUACAUUAACAUCUGAAGAUGAAACAUGUUAAAGGUGCUAAAGAGGAUGUUUUGUUUUAUACAUUUUUGCAAUAUUACUUGAAACUGUCUUUACUAACUGAUAAAAGACUAUUUAUUAGGUGCACUGAAAGGAAUAAUAUUAAUAUACAU